CCUGUACGUGUGUUUUUGUGGCCAGCUGAAAAUGGCGGCUCGAAGCGUCGAAUCGUAACUUUAUCGCACAACAAUAAACAUAUCAACACAUAUUUAACAUUUGUCACAUAACAUGGGGAAUAACUUCACCGAGAGGCCGCACGAGCUUAAGAUAGGAGACAUUACUCUGAUCGUUUGAGGUUAAAGGAGUAAAGACGCCCAGAAACCAUGGAGGAUCCUCACACACGCUACAGCAAACGACUGCGCACAGGGACUCGACGGCUGUACCAGGAUGAUGGGAUUUCAGACGACGAAAUUGAGGGGAAACGAACUUUCGACUUGGAGGAAAAGCUGCAGUCGGACAGGUUUAACUCAGAUUUGAUCAAAGUCAUGGACGGCAAAGAUUUUACUUUUCAGUACAUCCAGCAGGAAGGGCUCAGGGACCCCAUUAUCUUUGAGAGGACUGACGGCCUUGGCAUGCAAAUGCCAGACCCUGACUUCAGUGUGAGUGAUGUCAAACUGUUUGUUGGCAGUCGACGCAUUGUAGAUGUAAUGGACGUGAACACUCAGAAGGGCAUUGAAAUGUCAAUGGCUCAGUGGCGGCGCUACUAUGAGACGCCGCCGUCAGAACGCGAGAAACUCUACAAUGUUAUCAGCCUCGAGUUUAGCCACACUAAGCUGGAGAACCUUGUCAAGCGACCUGCUUCAGUGGACCUUAUUGACUGGGUGGACAACAUGUGGCCUCGUCAUCUCAAGGAGAUGCAGCGGGAUUCCACUAAUGCAAUCAUAGACAUGCAUUAUCCCAAAGUACAGAAGUACUGUCUGAUGAGUGUGCAGGGCUGUUUCACUGAUUUCCAUAUUGACUUUGGUGGAACAUCAGUCUGGUACCACAUCUUACGUGGAGGCAAGGUGUUCUGGUUGAUCCCCCCCACCCCUCAGAACCUGGAGAUGUAUGAGAACUGGGUUUUGUCAGGAAAACAGGGUGACAUCUUUUUGGGUGACAAGUGUCAUGACUGUCAAAGGAUAGAGCUCAAGCAAGGCAAUACCUUCAUGAUUCCAUCAGGGUGGAUCCAUGCUGUGUACACUCCAGAGGACACAUUAGUGUUUGGAGGGAAUUUUCUUCACAGUUUUAACAUCCCCAUGCAGCUCAACAUCUACAACAUCGAAGAUCGCACACGGGUCCCUGUUAAGUUCCGCUACCCGUUCUACUAUGAGAUGUGUUGGUAUGUCCUCGAGCGAUAUCUGUACUGUCUGACCAACAUCUCCCACCUCAGCCCUGAAUUUCAGAAAUACUCCUUAGGCAUAGGACUGACGCGCGCAGAUAUUAAAAUUGAAAAUCCCACGGGGAAUGACACUUCUAGUGUUGGAAAUGGUGACACCGAGGAACUCAAAGUCAAUGUAGAUGGAAUCACAGAAGAAGAAACUCAUGUUUUCAAACCUGAUGCUGUUCUGACUCCCUUUGAGCUGGAAGGACUGUGGAACCUCUUAGGGAAACUGGAGGAGCUUCCUGCCCACAAGAAGUGUGUUCCUGCUGGAAUAGUAAAUUACUCAGCAUUACUCGAAGAUAUGAGGGCUGUUCUGAAGCAGCAUGCCAAUGAUAAUCCCAAGAUGUCAUACACUGGAGAGCCUAUUGUUAAAUGGCCAAGAAGGCCAUCAUGGUACCAGCCCCCAGCACCGCCUGUUCUUUGCCGUUCUCGCUUGGCCCCCACUCUCCAUAAGCCUCACGGUAAACGGCCCAGAAGACGCUGUUCUAUCUCAGCCCUGAGGCGCAGACGAGUGAGGUGCAAGCGCUGUGCCGGCUGCUGUAGGAAGGAGUGCGGGAGGUGCCACUACUGCCACGACAUGAGAAAGUUUGGUGGGACCGGACGCAUGAAGAAAGGCUGCAUUAUGAGACAGUGUUUAACUCCUGCCUUACCAAACACAGCACGUUGUGCCAUAUGUGGAGUAGGAGAAUCUGAAGAAUCAAAUCCAGUAACUCAUGUGCUCAUGGAAUGCUCAGUCUGCUCCCAGAUCGCCCAUCGUAAAUGCAUCAAGGAACCUGGUGAGGGGAAAAUCAACAAGGAUUUGCCUAGCUGCUGGGAAUGUCCCAAAUGUUACCAAGGGAAAGGUUCCACCUCAGAGUCUUCUAGUGAUGAGGAGAGUGCAGACUCUGAGGACUCGUUCACCUUACCACCAUCCAAACUGGCGUACAGGGAAGGCAUUGAUGUCGGUGAAGAGGUGAGGCGAGGACGGCGUGGCAGGCCCCCGUCACGACCAACUGCUCCACCGCCUUCUCAGCGAUUGCUGCUUCAGCAUCAACAAAGCCGGAAACGAGCCAGUGCAUUGGAACUCCGACUCAAAAAGAGAAUAAAACUGGAGCGCACCAAACUUUUAGCAAAGCAGUUAUCUCUAAAUCGUUCUCCCAGGCUGUUGCGCUCCAGGGUCAUGUCCCAGCUACGCUCCCCAGUCAGCAGAUUAACUCAAGGCAAAGGCAGGGUGGGCACCUGGGCGAGUGGCUCCCCUUAUCGCAGCUCUCCAGGAGCAAGCCUGUCCUUUCAACAUCGCCAGUUUUCCCACAGUCUGCAACUUGAGUCCAGAGGAGAACCCCGCAGAGGGAGAGGAAGAGGGGUGAGGCUGCGAGGAGGGGGUUCAGGAAGAGGUAUAUCAGGAAGAAGCCAUGUAGAACUGGAGGGGAGUGAAGACACCAGUAGCAGCAGCAGCACCAACAGCAGCAGUAGUGAUGACGAGGAAGAGGAAAGGGCGCAAAACAGUGGGAGGGCAGGAGACAAAGACAACCGGACACAGUCUAGGAGAGGACGAACGCCAGCCAAAGAAAGGGAAGAAGGGAGUGAUGUAGCCAACCAAAAUGGUGUAGAAGAGGAGAUGGAGCAAGACAGUCAGACGGAGGACAAAGAAGUUCUGGGAAAAGACUCGCAUCUUAAAGUGACACUCCAAAGGCCAUCCCGAGACGAACAGAACUCAUCAGCCAUUGUCCCAAAAUUAGAGGCUGUUGCCGCUCAAACUACCAAGUCCAUAUUACAUAACCAGACGAGAACCCUCAUCCGGCCCCCCAUUAAAAAUCGCAGCUCAUUUACCGAUCAUCACUCUGACAGACACACACCCCCUCUGACCCGGAGUGGACACACAGCCACUCAGUCCUCCCACCCAGACAGACAAACUGCAAAGCUGGGCAAACACAGUAAACUAAGCAAUGGUGCCUCCUCUUCAUCUUCUGAACACCCUCCUUGCCGCAUUCACCUGUCCACCUUGCAGGGAGCUGCGAGCGAGGCAGACAGAGAGACCAAAGGGAGUUUGCCAGGCUGUGAGAGGGAGGUGUGGGUGUCUGUUUUCCGCUAUCUAAGUCGCGCAGAUCUCUGUGUUUGCAUGGCGGUCUGCAAGAACUGGUACAAAUGGUGCUUGGACAAACGGCUGUGGGCGCGGAUUGACUUAAGCAUUCAGCACACCAUCACUCCUCAGGCCCUAACGGGAAUCGUAAAGCGACAGCCUGUCUCAUUGAAUCUGUCUUGGACCAACAUCUCCAAAAAGCAGCUCAGCUGGCUGGUCAUCCGUCUGCCUGGGCUGAAGGAUCUGAUGCUGGCAGGUUGUUCUUGGUCAUCUAUUUCAGCUCUCUGCUCCUCUGGCUGCCCGCUCCUUCGUUCUUUGGAUCUCCGGCAUGCAGGCGGGGUCAAAGACUCUCAGAUCAGGGACCUUGUUACCCCUCCAGGCUGUGACAACCGUAGUCAGUUGCGAACCAUGCAGUGUUUACGACUAGCAGGCCUGGACAUCAGCGAUUCGACGCUGCGCCUAGUGAUCCGCCACAUGCCCCAUUUAACAAGACUGGACCUUUCACAGUGCAGCAGCAUCACUGACCACUCCAUCAAUCUGCUGACUGCUGUUGGAUCGUCCACUCGAAACACACUCACAGAACUCAACCUGGGAGGCUGUAAUAAACUCACGGACGCCUGCCUGAAGUAUCUCCGUCGCCUCUCGUGCAUCUCACUGCUCGACCUACGGGGGUGUAAAGGUGUGUCCCGUAAGGCCUGCGAGGACUUUAUCUCCGAGCUGUCUGUCAACACCCUCUACUGCCUAUCAGAUGAAAAACUGAUCCAGAGGAUAUCCUAAACUCCUGCGCUAUGUGGCAGCAGAAGUAACUGACUGUCAAAAGCAGGGCGUGUGAAACAAAAGCGCCCAGAAAUGCAGGGAGUCUUGCACACAUCUGUAUGAGAUAUAUGGAAGCUUGGGGCAGACCUGGCGGUGCCUGCACACUUCCUGAUAUUGUUGAAAGUGGGUUGUCACAGGUGAAAAAGCAGUUGUUUAAUCAUUAUAUGCAUUUUUUUGUCUGUGCGCCUAAGAUACUCAGGUGUUUUUGAUUGUUGGGAAUUUUUUUUCUUUCUCCACAUUCGUGUGGCAUCUGUUUGAGGGCUUGGUGCCCCAGUGUUGAGCAGUUUGCAGGUUCAGUGUCUUGUGGCCAGAAAUGAGAGUUUAAAAGCAGUUAGUUGUAUUAGACAUCCACUGGGUGAUUAAGAUCUUUGAACAGAUGGUAAUUUUGAUAAGCUUUGCAUUGAGAAAGAGAAACACAUAGACUUCUGAGUAUUAUUGGGACUUAACUGUUCUGUUGCUGUUUUUUCUUUCUUUUUUUUUUUUUUACCCAUAAAUAUCUGGUUGUCCUGUGACCAGUGUUAUGUCAUUUGAUUGCAAUAACAAUUUUCCUGUCACAUGUAAGAGAGAGCAAGUGCAUUGUCUUGUGAACUUGCAGGCCUGUUUUUAAUUUUGAUUCACAAAUUUUUUUUUUUUUUUCUUUUUGAGACCGUUAAACGUGAGAGGCUUAUUUCAUUUGUUGCAAUCAUUUGUAGAGUAAGCUUGGUGACAUGCUGGGUGCAACUUUCAUUAGUGUACUUGACAAAUAUACAUGUGGAACCCGAAGUUUCGGUACACAGCCUUAGGUGAUGAGAUCCUCAUGGUAUGUAUAUGUUGGGUAAAUAUACAGUGUGAGAAGGCAAUCUUAAGUCAGGGGUGGAGGUAAGCUGAGGCUUGGGAGUUGGAUAAAUGGUGCAUUCAAUAACAAAUAAUAAUAAUAAAAAAACCU